CUUCCCUUCCCAACACACACGACUUCACCUGAACCAAUUCCGAUCAGAUUCUUUCGUUCUUCUACAUUUGUUUGUUGCUGGGUUGGUUGGUUGUUAUUGUUACAGCGAAAGAGAAAACUUUGUUUAUCCACUCAUAGAUAACACUCGUAUGAAAGUCAGCAUAUCAAGCGUAUUGUUUUGACCAGAUGAAAUAUUGUGACAAUGAACUAGAAAGAUCUAAAAAAAAAAAAUGAUUUUUUUUUUAUUUGAUUCCACUACACUCUUAUUAGCAGAAGCACCACUGAAACCUGGGAUUUUAGAUUUGUGCUGAAUGAGUUACUUCCCUUCAAGUUAACUUAUGUUUGGUUGUUUCUCGGUGCAUUUUAAACAGCCUAAGACUAUCCAAGUCGAUAAAAUGACAAAUUAAAGUUGGGUUUUUUUUAUCCAGUAUGCAGGCAAUAUAUUGCAACUGAGAAAUGCCAGUUGUGUCAAGGAAGUAUGUAUAAUAGGUUUUUAAUCUAUUGUAAAAUAUUUCAAAUCUGAGAUGAUAUAUUCAUUUGGUUUCAGGUAUUUGUUUUAACAAAAGCAAGAAAGAAAAACAAGCAACUCACUGCUUUAGUGAUCGAAAUAUCUGAGAAGUCCAUUGAAUAAAGUUUGUGUAAUGUUCUAGAACAAAUUUGAUGGCCAUCAUGGAAGAAAAUGUUAGUAUUGAAGACAAAACUGAUACAAAACCAAUAUUGUAUGAUGGAAUAGUUUCAGCUCUUUCUGAGCCAAACCACUGUGCCAAAACCUUGUUUGAUACUAGUGAUGUAAAACCAGACAUUUGUAAAAUAUCAUCCACUACUCAAAGUUUCAAAGUGAAAUCACAUACUAAAAAUCACCAGAAUAAUGAGAAACGUUUUUUUUGCAAGAUAUGUGAUAAAAACUGUUCCACAUCAUCUGGACUAAAAAUUCAUUUAAGGAAACACACAGGUGAGAAGCCGUUCCAUUGCCUGAUUUGUGAGAAAAGCUUUGCAACAAGUUUUGUUUUGAAGAAACAUAUCAGGACCCACACUGGAGAAAAGCCAUUCCACUGUGAGGUAUGCAGCAAAAACUUUUCCACACGAUCAGGUCUCAAAGAACACCAUAGAACUCAUACAGGAGAAAGACCCUACCAUUGUGAUGUGUGUGGGAAAAACUUCUCACACCAUUAUACAUUGAAAGUACAUUUAAGUUCACACAGCGGGGAGAAACUAUUUCAGUGCAACCUCUGUGGUAAGAGAUUUUCAACUAAUUCCAAACUAAAGAUGCAUAUUCGAAUCCACACAGGAGAGAAACCUUAUUCUUGCAGUUUGUGUGGUCACGGUUUCUCUACUAAUUCUAAGUUAAAGGUUCAUGUAAGAACUCACACUGGAGAGAAACCAUUCCAGUGUGAGAUAUGUGGCAGAAAUGUUUCUACCAAUUCUGAGUUGAAAAAACAUGCAAGAAUACACAGUGGUGAGAAACCAUUUCAUUGUGAGGUAUGUAGUAAGAAUUUCUUAUCCAGUUCUGAACUCAAAGUUCAUACAAGGACUCAUACUGGAGAGAAACCAUUUCAUUGUGAAAUAUGUAGUAAAGAUGUCUCCACUAGCUCAGGACUAAGGGAACAUAUGAAAACCCAUACAGGUGAGAAACCGUUUCAUUGUGAGGUGUGUGGUAAAAGUUUUUCUCAACGCUUUAAACUGAAAUUGCACUCAGCUACACAUACUGGUGAGAAAUUCUUCCCUUGUAGUGUAUGUGACAGAAAAUUCUCAACUAAUUUUGAUCUGAAAAUGCAUACAAGGAUUCAUACUGGCGAAAAACCUUUUUGCUGUGAGGUGUGUGGUAAAGGCUUUUCAGCUAGGUAUAAAGUGAAAGUACAUUCUAGAAUUCAUACUGGAGAGAAACCAUUCCAUUGUGAAAUCUGUGGUAAAAAUGUUUCCACUAGUUCCGAACUGAAAGUACAUAUCAGGAGACACACGGGAGAGAAGCCUUUCCAUUGUGAUGUGUGUGGUAAAGAUUUUUCAAUUAGUUCAGAACUGAAGGUGCAUAAGCGAACUCAUAGUGGAGAAAAACCAUUCAUUUGUGAAAUAUGCACGAAAAGCUUUUCUACGAGUUGUGGCUUAAAGGUACACAUCAGAACUCAUACAGGAGAAAGACCGUUUCAUUGUGAUAUCUGUAGUAAAGGUUUCUCCUUGUGUUCGUAUCUGAAAAAACAUGCUAAAACCCAUACAGGGGAAAAACCAUUUCAUUGUGAUAUUUGUGGUAAAAAAUUCUCCUCAAACAUUGGACUAAAGGGACAUGCUAGACUUCACAGCGGAGAAAAGCCUUUUUACUGUGAUACAUGUGACAAGAGGUUUUCUUAUUAUAAUUCAUUACAGAUACAUAUGAAGAGACAUGCUGCUGUUAUUAACAAUACUUCAUGAUUGUAUCUGUUGUCUGUCUUGAUUGAUUUUUACAACAAUCUUAAUAGAAAUGUAGGAAAGAAUGAAAAUUUUCUUCUAUAUUUUUUUAUUUAAGUUAAUAAUAUGGUGACAUUACCUUCCCUUUUAUGGAUCAUGUUACUUUCUUAUUGUUUUCAUUGUAUCUACCUCAUUUAGUUCUUUGACCUAUAUUUUCUUGUAUGUAUCUUAUUUUGUUGACUGUACUGGGCCACAUUUCAAGUUAAGUAAUACACACAUUAGUUACUGAGUAGUUCACCCUGUUAUUGAAACAGUGAGCUGCAUCAAGUCAUAGCACCUAUUAUAAUUGUUGCUAUGCAAUUCCACUCUUUUAUUAUAUUAUCCCAGUUAACUCUGCUUUAGGACACAUAUUUACAUAACUUACAACACAGUGGUAGCCUCGCAUGUUUCACAAUAAUUUUUUUCAGACUUUUGCACAUUUCUCUACACUAGAACCUUACUAUACACUUUGUCAUAUAGUGUGGUACCUCCUUUACGACUAGGUGAACUGGGGCUGUAAGACACACCCCGCCUUAUCUCAUUUCAACUAGAUGGACUGCACUUCCACAUGGUACCUAUUUACAUUUAGGUUGACUGUACCUUCCUAUUGUAACUGUUUCAAAGCCAGAUGAACUGGUAACUUGACGUGGUACCCCAUUUGAAGUUAAAUGGACUGGGCCAGCAGAAUUUCUUGAAUUGGUGACUCGAUACAGCACUGGUACUUGUAUUUCUUCAAUAGAUGCCUUCCCCACUGAGCAUCCAAGGGGCAGAGGUUAGGUCAGCUAGUUUUAUUACAUUCUAGCAAUCAACAUGAAGUCACUAUUAACGAACUGCAGUCAUGUAUUCAGUUACCCACCAACAACAACAGAGGCCUGCCAUGGAGUGUUGCAUUCAUGGCAGCAUGGAUGAAGACUUUUGUUGGAAUGUUGACUUUAAUAGACAAUGACAAUGAAUUGUGCCAACAGAUCACCUGGGGAAUGUUAUCUCUGAUAGACUGAUGCCAUAUCCUAUGAAUGAGUUAGCUCUCAUUCAUUUAACAUACUAAAACAAGAGCUCUCUUUACUCUUUACUCUUUUACUUGUUUCAGUUAUUUGACUGCGGCCAUGCUGGAGCACCGCCUUUAAUCGAGUAACUUGACCCCGGGACUUAUUCUUUUGUAAGCCCAGUACUU